AUGGCAGAUCUGAGUUUGGGAGUUCUAAUUGAUAUUGUUGAUGAGGAUUGGAUGAGAGACACUCUCCCUGAUGAUGAUCUUCCGCUGCCUCCAACACUGGUUGUUCGGACAGAUGAUACCGAGGACUCAAAUCAGGAGGUGCAGCAAGUUAACGGGGAAGUUUGGCACGAUCUUGCCCUCGGCCAAGAGUAG